AUGGAUAUUUCCGUGACACGACAUUACCGCGAACGACAUUACCGCGAGACAAUACCGCGAACGACAUUACCGCGAACGACAUUACCGCGAGCGACAUUACCGCGAGCGACAUUACCGCGAACGACGUUACCGCGAACGACAUUACCGCGAACGACAUUACUGCGAAUACAAAAAACGACAUUACCGCGAAUACAGAAAACGACAUUACAGUGA